AUGUUUUCCGAGGGUACAAAUCAAGACCCUAUUAGAAACGAACCCACAAACAACUGCAAUAACAACAACAAUCAUGCAAUACCAUUUUCUGAGGAUUUAUAUCAGGACUUUACUGGAAACGACUUCACAAACUACUUCAAUAACAACAACAUCAAUCAAGCAACAAUGUUUUUCCAGGGUGCAGAUCAGAACUCGAGAAACUACCCCACAAACUUCAAUAACAACAACAAUCAUCCAAUGACAUUGCACCCUCAAGUUCACACAUGGCUUUCUACCUUACCUCAGUACUCUUACUUACCAAUAUUGUCUAACUAUCAAAACUAUGUAUCUGAUCGCUUCAAUGAUUAUAUUGCUGGUAACGUCAUUCAUGAAGGUACAUCUAUGAUAAAUGACUUAUUUCACCACCAGAUCGCCUAUUCACCUUUGAUGAUUGAGCCUAUAGGUACCAAUAAUGGUGAGUAUCUUGCACAUGAUCAAUAUUAUGAAUUUGAUCAGUACAUUGUGGAUAGUCACGAGAUGGAUAUGAGUUCAUCACAUUAUAACACGAACAACUUUGCCAAUGGUGAGACUACUACAUCGAACAACUUUGUCAAUGGUGAAACUACUACAUCGAACAACUUUGUCAAUGGUGAGACUAGUAGUACAUCAAAGGGAGAUUGCUAA